CUCUUGACCAAUUCGGUCCCGAAAAUCUGUGACGUCAUCAGACGCUGUGUCGUUUUGGACUUUCUGCUUCUUUCUUCCUUCCACACAGCAGCCACCAUUUAACUGACAACACCAGCUCAGACUUUCAGACGCAGUGGCAUUUCCGUUAUUUUCAUCCACGCGCUGUGUCGUUUAUUCAACCUUGCAUGCGUUGCACGCAAUCAAACCCUCCCCCUGCACCCUAUUCACUACUCCUUUAUUCAUUCAUUAAUCACACUCUCACAACUCAACUCAACGCCUUCUGUCGUUUACUUUACUCAUUUUCUUCUUCUCUGUUUCCUUCUUUUUCGUUCUUCCCAGAAACCACCGUCGCUCGCCGCCGAUCACGACGGCGAUUUUCUCAGCUUAGUUUCUGUUUUUCUCGAUUCCAUGUGUUUUCCGUGCUCUGCCGCCGCCGUAAGCCGCUUCACGUGACGGAUGGGUUGCGUGCUCGGGACGCCGGCCGGUGCCGGAGAUCAGCGCCUUCGCCGGAGCGAGAAGCGCAACGGUGCAGUCGACGAAGGCAAUAAUGCAGUUGGGCUUCGAGAGAAGGAGAGAAACCGGCAUACCGGCGAUUUUCCGGGGACUCUUCCGGCGCCGGGGCGCCGGAAGCCUAGACUCGAUCCGUGUGCCGUCACGCAGCAGGGAUGGCCGUCGUGGCUGAUGGCCGUAGCCGGCGAAGCCAUCGGCGAUUGGACUCCUCGUCGCGCCAACACUUUCGAGAAGCUCGCUAAGAUUGGGCAAGGAACGUAUAGUAAUGUGUAUAAGGCGAGGGACCUGGUGACGGGGAAGAUUGUGGCAUUGAAGAAAGUGAGAUUUGAUAAUUUGGAGCCAGAGAGUGUGAAGUUCAUGGCAAGAGAAAUACUUGUUUUGAGGAGGCUUGAUCACCCCAAUGUUGUGAAGCUUGAGGGUUUGGUUACUUCUAGAAUGUCGUGCAGUCUUUAUUUGGUUUUUGAGUAUAUGGAGCAUGAUCUUGCAGGGCUUGCUGCUGGUCAAGGUGUUAAGUUCACUGAACCUCAGGUUAAAUGCUUUAUGAAGCAAUUACUAUCUGGUCUUGAGCAUUGCCACAGUCGAGGGGUGUUGCACCGUGAUAUCAAGGGUUCCAAUCUGCUUAUUGACAAUGAAGGGAUCCUUAAAAUUGCAGAUUUUGGACUGGCAACUUUUUAUGAUCCUAAGAUAAAACAGGCAAUGACAAGCAGAGUUGUGACCCUUUGGUAUCGCCCUCCUGAGCUGCUUCUUGGGGCUACUGUUUAUGGUGUUGGUAUUGACCUUUGGAGUGCUGGUUGCAUCUUGGCAGAGCUGCUUGCUGGAAAGCCAAUAAUGCCUGGCCGAACAGAGGUUGAACAACUGCACAAAAUAUUUAAGUUGUGCGGCUCUCCAUCUGAGGAAUACUGGAGGAAGUAUAGAUUGCCAAAUGCUACUAUCUUUAAGCCCCAGCAGCCAUAUAAACGUUGCAUCUUAGAAACAUACAAGGACUUUCCUCCAUCUUCACUACCUCUAAUUGAAACCCUUCUCGCAAUAGAUCCUGAGGAUCGUGGCACUGCCUCAGCAACACUAAAUAGUGAAUUCUUUACCACAGAGCCUUAUGCUUGUGAACCAUCAAGUUUGCCAAAGUAUCCUCCCAGCAAAGAAUUGGAUGUAAAACUGAGAGAUGAAGAAGCAAGAAGGCAAAAGGCUCUAAAUGGGAAAGCUAGUGCAGUUGAUGGUGCAAAAAAAGUCAGAGUACGUGAGCGUGAACGUGGUCGGGCUGUUCCAGCCCCUGAAGCCAAUGCAGAGAUCCAAACAAACUUAGAUAGGUGGAGAGUUGUGACCCAUGCAAAUGCAAAAAGCAAGAGUGAGAAAUUUCCACCUCCUCAUCAAGAUGGAGCUGUUGGAUACCCGCAAGAUGCAUCAAAUAAAGGACCUGUUUCAUUUGGCGCCCCUGACACUUCCUUCUCUUCAGGGAUAUUUAAUUCAAAACCUUCUGGACAUGUUAGGAAUCAUGCUGCUGCAGGGCUUCACAGAGGGAGGAAAACUAAGAAAGAUGAGUCCCAGAUGGCAUCAUCAUGGAAAUUCAUGCGUCCAUUCAAACCAUCAACAGCUGGACUUUCCAUGGAUUUAUUAUUUAGGAGCAAAUGAUCAAUCAGUUUCUUUUGAUUUUGGCUUCCUAGAAUAUGAGGGUAGUGAUGAUUUAGGCCUUGAUACAUCUUUUUUUGCAUUUCGCAAUGGUUUUCAUUUUUUUUGUGUCGCUCCUAAUUUUUUGUAUUUCAUUUGGCAUAAAGUUGUUGUAUAAUCUACAACGGGGAUCCUUACAUUUGUAUAUUUAGAGGAAUAAAUUCUCUGCUGUACAGUUUCUGGGAGGACUUAGUUCUUGAGGACCUUGGAAAUGUUUCAAUUUAGCUAGUAAAUGAGUUUUAAAAAAAGUACUG